UAUUUCAUUACUGGGUAACGCAAACAUCUUUUGAAUGCCGGAAGGCAGCCAUUGGUGAUUCAAACUGUCUGCAAUAACGUCAGGAGAUUAGUGAAUCGCAGCUGGAAUGCGAGGUUGAUUCACAAAGGGAAGUGAGGAGGCAGAGCGACCGCGGAAGAUACGCAUCGGACAGCUUACAUCCCGAACAGCCAUGAAAGGAGAGCAUUUAUUUAACAACCUGCGGGGCUCACCAUUCAUCCAAAGGGUGUAUCGGCUGGGCGGCGAGGAGCUGGUGGUGCUUCAGGCCUCGGUGGAGCCGGCGCUGGGGGACAGCUUCCACCAGAUCACCGACUUCAACGACCUCCCCACCUCGCUGUUUGCCUGCAAUGUGGACCAGAGCGUGUUUGAGGAGCAGGAUGGCAAGGAGAUGUUCGAGGUCCUGUUCUUGGCGUACGACGAGCUCGCCACCUUCCAGCUGUUCAAGAGUUUCCGGCGCGUGCGCAUCAACUUCAGCAACCCCAAAGCAGCGGCCAGCGCCAGAAUAGAGCUCCACGAAACGCCAUUCAGGGGCAAGAAGCUCAAGCUCUACUUCGCCCAGGUCCAGAACCCCUCCUCCGACGGUGACAACCUUCACUUGGCUCCGCCCCAGCCCUCCAAGCAGUUCCUCAUCUCCCCGCCCGGCUCACCUCCCAUUGGCUGGCAACAGAUUGACGAGACCACCCCUGUCAUCAACUACGACCUCCUGUACGCCGUCGCCAAACUGGGCCCAGGAGAGAAGUUUGAGCUGCAUGCCGGCACAGAGUCCACCCCCAGUGUGGUCGUCCACGUGUGCGACAGCGACAUAGAAGAGGAGGAGGAACCAAAGAACUGCCCCAAGCCAAAAAUCAUCCAGACCCGGCGCCCGGACCUGCCCGUCUCCCACUGAACUCUCACCCACCCAACGCCACCCAUCAUCCCCUCACCCCUGCAACAUCCACCCCCUCACCCCUGCAACAUCCACCCUCUCUACCACCCCCCCACCCCCCACUACCACCCAUCACCCUCUCACCCCUGCAACAUCCACCCUCUCUACCCCCCAUCACCCCCUCACCGCCACCAAGCCAGCACAUCUCUCCUCAGGCACUCACCGUGGGAGGAAUCAACAGAUCUUCAUCACCAACCCACCCCCCCCCACCCCCACCCCCACCCCACACACACACACACACACACCCAAGAAUGGCCCCAGAAACAGCCCCUUUCCACACACACCCUUGGUCCAGACAAUGGUCUACUCUAGUUGAGAGUAGUCGGAGGAGACCCGCUCUCUGUUGCUCAUCUGAUACACAGCUGUUCAUGUUAUCAUCACAGAAGUUUUUUUUAUUUUAUUUGCUUUCUUUUUGUUUUUAUUUUGUAUUUUGACAAAAAGCCAGAACUCUCACUCUCUCUUUCUAACUUUAACUCUACCACUUUCCCCUCCUACCUUCUGUCCACUCUAUGUCCAUAUCUGUUUCUCUGUCUCAUACUCCUGGUUCACUCAAGGGUACCCGGAUUUCACCUCAUCACAAGUCGUCAUUGAGUUCUCAUUGACAACAGCAAAUUGGGGUACGCAGGGAGUUAAUUAGAGGGAAGAUAGGAACAAAUCUGAUGUAAAGGUGUUUAGAUUUGACACUCUGAUUUAAUUGAAAGGGAUAUAUCAACACAACACACACAGCAAUACAUUAAUAUUGAGCCAGAAUUACAGUCUGUAGCAAAAGCAAAUGAGCUAGCUAUGUGUGCAUUAGCUUGUGUUGCUUUCUCACUCUCCUGUUCCUGACAGAUUAACCGUGAGGUUGUAAUACUUCUUGAAAGCCAAUAGGUGGCAGCAUGCAUCUGAUUGCUCACUAUCAAAUUGGUUCCUUGUCUUUGACGCAUGCUUGUGUCAGAAGCCUAUUGGUCUACCAUAACAAACAUGUCUGCCCAAGAAUACCAUGCCAUGUAGCUCUGGGAUGGUCGUUACUGGCUUGGACUCAAAGUGGUGGUCUAGAAAUGCGAUGGCCUGCGUGUGUUACAUGUGACUGUCCUAAGGGCUCAUUACAGUAGAAGUUUGCAAUUCCAGGCCCUGCUAUCUUCUUGAUGGGUAUAGUGGCUACUGGGCUAGCCAGGGAUCAGCUCAUUCAACAUUUACUCUCACAAAAUCUACUUAAUGUUGAAGAACAUAAUCAUUAUUGUGUCAUGUAAGCCCAAGAUGAUUUGGUAAGGUUCAUUCAUUGCAAUACUGCUGACCACAAUAGGGUUUCGAAUCAUGCCAAUGCAUGCAGGGGUCUUAUCAUUUUUUCUGAAUCAUAUUGGGGUCUGUUUGCUGCGUUUUGAAUGAUUUUUAGAAUUUUAAUUAGAUUCAAAACGUAAUACUUCUGAGGGUGACAAGACCUGGUGUGGCACUUCAAGUGAAUUGAUCUGAUAUUUCUAGAUGUCAUUUUUAUCUCCUCAAUGUGAAUUUCUCUCUUGCUCUGUACUUGUCUUGUUCCUUAAAGAUCUGUUUAAGGUGUGUAAGAAAAUAUAAAAUAGACAUUUAUUUCGCCUGUACAUACAGGCGAGCAUAAUUCCAUAGGAUGAAGUGAAAAGCCAACUGAUUCUGUUAGAUGUGGAAAGAGUGUCUGUAGGCUAAUGCAUGGUUACAUCAUUUGUUACAACUGUUGUACAUCUCGCCAUUCUUUGUGUGCCUCCGUAGAGUGCAAGAAAGAUAUAAAAGAACUUGUUUUGUAAAAACAACAAAAAAGAGCUAAGGGGGGAUGCAUGACCAUAAAGAUAUACCAUCCAUUUAAGCCUGUAUCAUUUUAGUGAGCUACACAAAAAUCCUCCAAGUGCUAUUACCGUCUUUGAGAAAGAGGGUCUGCAGACUAACUCAAACAGCUUUUUUUCCCCUUCAUUCAGUGUCUUUUUGGCGUGCCUGGUUCAUGUUUUUCUUUUUUUGGCUUAAUCUGAAUACAUAUUGAUUCAAUCACCCCUUUGCAAAGCCAUACUUUUAGCAUCACUUUAUUUCAGAACAGAUAAUCCAUCACUUGGAAAAACAAUAACUGCAGUUAUGGGACAAACAGUUGCAGUUACACUGCAGUUUUUCAGGUUCAGUGCAUUACAAUGCAGUUUCAUAUCCAAAAUACUGCAUUAUUGUCUUCAUGAAAUUACUUAACAACUGCAGUUUUGACACUAGAAAAACUUAACAACUGAUAAACUGCUGUUAUUUUUUGUAAGGGAUAAAUGAUAAUGAAAGUUUUUCAAAGGGUGUGGUUCUAAUGUAAUAGGUCCUGUCUUAGGUCCAGGGGUCACUGUGUAGCACUGUGCUGUCUCCUUACUGUGAAGUAACAGCUCUUUGGGUCGUAAUGCUAUAUGUGCCGUUCUCAUAAGGACUCCAAAUUCAUCACACACUAAAAAAGAAGCCUCAGACUUCACUCCACACAUGUGCUGUUUAUAUCCCACUGUAAUGACCUUCAGUCAUAAGACAUCAUGUGUAACGGGUUACCUCACACCAUCCGCCCGCCCUUGUAAAAUAGACAUAUUGGUGUUUUUAGUUCCCUGGACAUUGCUGAGGUGUUGAAUGUAAAUGGAUUGUGUUACAAAUAGACAACUGUAGGUUGGAAUGUUCAAACAGUUGUUUGUUUGUUUGUUUUGUUUUGUGUUCAGUGGAUCAAUUUGUCAGUCGAAUCAAAUACAUAUGUGAUGAAAAUGAAAGUGAUGGCUCCCCAUUAGCUUGGGAAGGGUGUAGGGUACGUUUAGGUGGAGGCUGUAUAGUCCUCUCUCUCUCUUUCUUUCUCUCUAUCUAUUCAUUUCUCUCUGGGAUGUUCAUAUCCUGGGUAUCCUCACUAUACUCAGUAGGGUCAUUACGCACAGAACAUGGCACUUGAGAUGGUACAGGACCCAAGGUCACACAUAAACUUCCUGCAUGUGUCACAUGUCAAUCUCUUGCGUGCGUAAUCCAACAUGGCCACUCCUUUCGUCCCCCUCUCCAAUCCAGGCUUUUCAACUCACUAGUUUCAAGUAGUUUCUAGAUCCAUGUCUCAAACAUGCACACAUCAGCUGCUUUCCUCAGCAUUCUCGAUCAUUUCUUUGUACACCCUGUAUUUUGAGCUGUUCGUGCCGGUGUGCAUAUUGUUAAGACGUCCAGACCUUCUUUCCUCGGUUUUCUCCCUUUUCUGUCUUUUUUUGGGAAAAGAAACAAUAUGCUCUGUGUUCUUUUUGAGAGUCUGGUUGGGAAUUAGUGUCACUGACUUUGAGAAACAAUAUCUGUAAUGUGUAUACUCGUGCAAGACCAUUGAUGUACCUUUCAUCUACAUGUACAAUCUGCCUGCCUACACUAAAGAAACAUAUCUGUAUAUAUUAAUCAAUACUAUUUUUACUGCAUUUUUGUACAAAUAUUCAUGGUAGCCAUGUACAAGUAGUCAAACUGAAUCUACAGUAGUAUUAAAAAAAAGAGUUUGGUUUUA